GUACAGAACAUUAGUGAAUUUGUCUCUGAACGUAAUUCUUUAAGAGAUUACAUCAACAGUUAUACUUUUCGUCGUUUUAUUAGCGACUUUUGUGGGCAAGUUCGGGCCCUAGAAAUUUUCUAUGAUGAUUUGUUGAAGAAACUUAAACGUGGAACAAAUAAUGUAGAUUACGUACAUUAUAUGUCACAUGUCAAGGAAGAACUUAUGGAUCGAUACAAGUUUAAUUUGAUGACACUGUAA